AUGUCCGGGAAAGGCUCAAAGCUCGCUCCCGAGACAGCUUUCGUCUGGCUUUCGUCCAAGUCAGGCAUAUCAAUAUCGGAUGAGAAACUUGAAUGUGACAUUUUGAGCCUUGUUGAGUUAACAUUUGACGCUCGUGUGGACUUUGCCAGUGGCCUUUAUGGUUCAUUGAAGAUAUACAAAGGAAUUCUGAAAAAGUGUCCCGCACUUUUGGCAAAAUACGAAUGGGCCAUCAAUGACAGCAUCCGAGUCGAUGAGACAUCGUCCGCCGCUGGUCACAUUUUGGUUCAUUACCUAUUGACGGACCAAUACAAUGAUCAAACCACAUCGUCCGAACUGAGCAAAGCAGAGAAAUUGGGCGCUGCCUUGACCACCGCCCUUCAGGUAUAUUGUGAAAGGCCGCUAAUGAAGAGGAAAGAAAAAUGCGAGUUUCCAGGCAUCGGUUUUAUUGACGAUUGGAUUGCCACAUAUCUCGCCACUCGGAUCCGAUCAGAAUUCCAGGCCUUGACGCACGAAUCAGCUACUCUACUCCUAAAUGAAAUCGGCCGCUCAAAGAGCUUGAAUGGCAUUGUGAUAAAAUGCAUGCUUCAGCUAUGGCGUGAGAAAAUGCACUUGCUCAACGACGGCAGCGCCGAAGAUUCUCCCUCGACUAUCAGCAACGUGGACGUGUGUGAGACGUCGGCCGACCGCUCAGAGUGUUUCACUCUCGAAUCUACCGAGUUUUCAGAUGGCUCUGAUGCGGUGUCCCUUUGA